AUGGCGGCUCCCAUACUAGCUCUCACUUCAUCACUCUCUUCUCUCUCAUUUUCGUCUCACGUAGCUCAGAACCCUAGCGUCGUCUCAUUUCCCAAAUCCAGAUCAGUGUCAUGUGGAACCCUUACGCGUACCCCUCGCCCGAUUAUCGCCUCUGCCUCGGUAGCUCCCCCAGAAGCUCUGCAGUCUGCGGACCUAAAAAAAUACGUGAAAUCGAGGCUUCCCGGUGGCUUUGCAGCUCAGACGAUCAUCGGCACUGGUCGUCGGAAAUGCGCAAUCGCUCGCGUUGUGCUCCAGGAGGGCACUGGAAAAAUCAUAAUAAACUAUCGGGAUGCCAAGGAGUAUCUUCAAGGCAACCCACUGUGGCUGCAGUAUCUCAAAGUACCGUUGGGUACUUUGGGAUACGAAAGUAGCUAUGAUGUCUUCGUGAAGGCUCACGGCGGUGGGCUUUCUGGUCAGGCUCAGGCUAUAUCCCUCGGCAUUGCUCGAGCACUGCUGAAGGUGAGUGAGGACCACAGAACACCUCUGAGAAAGGAAGGGCUGCUGACCAGGGACUCCAGAGUGGUUGAAAGGAAGAAGGCGGGUCUGAAGAAAGCUCGCAAAGCUCCUCAGUUUUCCAAACGUUGA